CCCUCUCCAUAAACCUAUUCGAUUUAUCGUCACGUAUAGCCUCCCUCCACUUCUCUCCCGCUCGCUUGCCGCUUCUCUCUCUGUUCGUGGCCUCUAAACAAUCUUUUUUUCUCAAAUGGCAGAGGAAAAUUUCGAUGAACAUGACGUGGGAAGUAUACCUGAGAACUCGCAACCUCCAGAUGUACAAGGUUCUGAAAAUGAUUCAGGGGUAGGUGGAGAAAAGAAAUGGCCUGGAUGGCCUGGAGAGAACGUUUUCAGGAUGAUGGUUCCUGUACAGAAGGUUGGUGGUAUCAUUGGCCGCAAGGGAGAGUUCAUUAAGAAAAUCUGUGAGGAGACGAAGGCUCGCAUUAAAAUUCUUGAUGGUCCUCCUGGGACUACAGAAAGAACUGUAAUGGUUUCUGCAAAGGAAGAGCCAGAUGUUCCUAUUCCUCCUGCCUUGGAUGGUUUGCUGAGGGUUCAUAAACGCAUUAUUGAUGUGGACAGUGAUCCAGCUCAUGCUCCACCUGGUGCAGGUGGGAUGGUUUUUACAAGGCUACUAGUGGCAGCCACACAAGCUGGAAGCUUGAUUGGAAAGCAGGGUGGCACUAUAAAGUCUAUUCAAGAAACUUCUGGUUGUACUAUUCGUGUUCUUGGAGCAGAAAACCUGCCACCCUUUGCUCUGCCAGAUGACAGCAUUGUUGAGAUACAAGGGGAGCCUGGAGGUGUGCAUAAAGCAGUUGAACUGAUUGCAAACCAUCUCAGGAAGUUUUUAGUUGAUCGCAGUGUUAUUGCAGUAUUUGAGAUGCAAAUGCAAAUGCCAAAUGUCCGAGAAAACCAGACCAUGCCCCCACAACAAUCUUGGGGCCCCCCUCCCCAAGGUUUUCCGAUGAACACUGGUGGUGGACCUGGUUUUGCGCCUGAUCCACAAUACAUGCCGCCUCCAGGCCCUCCACGUCAAUUUGACAAUUAUUAUCCACCAGCAGACUUGCCUCCUAUGGACAAGCAGCCUCGUCAGGGUCCUCCUGCUUACGGAAGAGAUGUGUCUAUGGGUGUUAACAUGAGUGCACAGCCACAACAGUCGAUGGUUACAAAGGUUACGCAAAACAUGCAAAUUCCUCUGUCAUAUGCGGAUGCAGUAAUUGGAAACUCUGGUGCGAACAUUAGUUAUAUACGUCGGGCCAGUGGUGCUAGUAUUGCAAUACAGGAAACCAGGGGUGUGCCUGGGGAGAUGACUGUGGAGAUAAAUGGAUCUGCAUCACAAGUCCAAACAGCUCAACAAUUGAUACAGAAUUUCAUUGCUGAAGCUGCAAGCACUGCACAGAACCCUACAGGUGCGCCAACUGGACAAGGGUAUAAUACCUAUCCGGGUCAUGGACCUGUUUAUGGAUCACCACCAUCCAACCCUAGUGGUCAUCCCGGGCAUGCGCCUACUGGAGACUAUGGUUCCGUGUAUGGAACCAAUUAUGGUUAUUAAAGCAGCUGAGUUCUGGUCGUAGUCAGAUUGGCGUCAACAUUUGGGACUUGAUAGUUAUCAUAGGGAAGUACAAGAUGAGUCUUGGCAGGGAAGUUAGUGAUGUUGUAUUGACAUUUUUCUGAUCAGAGACGCUCUUGAUGUUUAAAUUUUCUCAACGCCCUAGGUGAAACAUUAGUUGGCUAGUUGGACCUGUUUGAACCCUUUGUUCUCCUGACUUGUCCCAUGGCUGCUCGGCUUGUUCAUCAUAGUUAUUGUGAUUAUUUUCAUCUGUCUUGUAGGAUAUGUGACUGCUUUAUGUGCCAGAGUAUUUGGCAACUUCUUCAAACAUUUGAUUUAAUGUGCAAGUCUAUGAAUGCUUUCUUUAA